AUGAUAUUGGAUGUUUCGUUGAUGAUUUGUGGAUCUGUGGAUCUGUGGAUCUGUGGAUACGGACUUUUGGGCCCCCAAAAAUGGGCAGAUGUCGAACAUGACAGCGAUGAGAAUGGAAGGGCCGUGGUUCCACUUUCGAACUUUCGAAUGAGUCGGUUGAGUCGGUCGAGUCAGGGCCGAAGAGUCGGCCUUCGGCAGGGCAUCGGCACCCAAGGGCACCCAGGCUACUGUAGGUCUAGCACCCACACCGCUGGGACCGAGUCACUGCCUUCAACUGCUCUUGACACCUUCUCGAAGUUCUGGAAGGAAUUUCUCUCGGCUGACUACAACGCAUGGAUCCUCUUAAACCGAUCAGCCCACGGUACAGGCUUUAAGGAUUCGUUCAGCCUUGAAAGUAUCUUUGAGCCAGUAUUUGGUCUGUGCAAUGGAGUUGACAGGGCUAAGCAAUUCAGAAAUCACCGCCCUACGAUUUAUGGAGCUAAACUGGGUCCGCCAUGUAUUCAUGAGAAGGGGGGGGGGGGUGGUAGCAUGCACUGUACUGUUAAUCCUGAACUUGCUGAAAUGCAUUUCUCACCUUCUUUCCUCGCCUCUGGCCUAGCAGCCCUCCUCUCCGUUGCCUACGCAUCUCCCCGUGUGUCUCUGGACCGCAAUCCUCUGGCGAAGAGAUGCGUCAACUCGGCCUCCGACAGAUCUUGCUGGGGCGAUUACGACAUCUCGACCGACUACUACAACGUGGUCCCCGACACGGGAGUGACUCGAGAUUACUACCUCGAGCUGGUCAACACCACCGCCGCUCCUGAUGGUGUCGAGAGAAUGGUCUUGCUUGUCAACGGAACCUUCCCCGGUCCGACGCUGUUUGCAGACUGGGGCGAUACCGUCAGAGUGACGGUCUACAACGGCCUUGCCAACAACGGUACAUCUAUCCACUUCCACGGUAUCCGCCAGAACUACACCAACCAGAAUGAUGGCGUGGCAUCCAUCACCCAAUGCCCAACCGCGCCAGGAGAAACCGUCACCUACACCUGGCGAGCGACUCAGUAUGGUUCCACCUGGUACCACUCUCACUUCGCUCUCCAGGCAUGGGAGGGCGUUCUUGGUGGCAUCAUCAUCAACGGUCCCGCCUCCGCCAACUACGACCACGAUUUGGGCAUCAUGCUCUUGAAUGAUUGGACCCACGAGACGGCCGAUUCCCUGUACCAUACGGCCGAGACUUCUGGACCUCCUACCUUGGACAAUGGUCUGAUCAACGGUACCAAUACCUACGAAGAUCUGGGAGCUCGCUUCAACACGACAGUCGUCGCCGGCGAGUCAUACAGAAUCAGACUUGUGAACGGAGCCAUCGAUACUCAUUUCAAAUUCAUGAUUGAUGAGCACACAAUGACUGUCAUUGCCAUGGAUCUUGUCCCGAUUGUCCCUUACGACACGACGGUCCUCUCGAUUGGUAUGGGUCAACGAUACGACAUUGUCGUGACUGCUACUCAGUCCUCGGGCAACUUCUGGAUACGUGCCAUCCCUCAAGUGACUUGUAGUGAGAAUGAAAAUGCUGAUAACAUCCUGGGCAUAAUGAUGUACGACAGCACAGACACCACCGAGCCCUCGUCUUCCGCGUACACCUACACCGAUUCCUGCGAAGAUGAGGCCAUGACCGAUCUGGUCCCUUAUGUCAGCAAAACCGUAUCCACCGCGGACGAGAGCGAAGACUUAGCUGUCAGCGUCUCUAGGAGCAACCACGUGUUCAAGUGGUACAUGGCCGGCACAACCUUCGAGGUCGAGUGGGAGGACCCAACCCUACUCCAGAUGUACAACAACAUCACGGACUGGACCGACUCUUCCCACGUCAUUGAGCUGCCCACCGACAGCCAGUGGGUCUACUUCAUCAUCGAGACGACCUUGAGUGUCCCCCACCCUAUUCAUCUCCACGGCCACGACUUCUGGAUUAUCGCACAGGGCUCCGGAACCUACGACUCUGACACUGUCACGCUGACCCUCGACAACCCCCCCCGCCGAGACGUCGCGAUGCUUCCAGGCGGCGGCUACCUCGUCAUCGCCUUCGAGACCGACAACCCCGGUGCCUGGUUGAUGCACUGCCACAUCGGCUGGCACACGUCCGAAGGUUUUGCCCUCCAACUCGUCGAGCGCUCCGAAGAGAUGGUGGAAAUGAUAGACUACGAUACCCUCAACUCCACCUGCACUGCGUGGGAUGCCUACGUCGCCGUCUCGGGUGUCGUGUCGGAGGAUUCCGGCGUAGCUCUAAUCGAGCUCGAUUCCCAGGUAUCUUAUCUUCCUCGAUAUGAAAAAGAGACCCUAGCACUGUUUUGUCCUCAUGAGCAGGCCAAGAUCUGCGAACUGCCCCUACCCUCCUUCGCCCGGAUUACUCUAUCCCAAUUCGGCAAGACGACUCGCUUCCUUCCUAACCAUCUCCGGCUUCGAUCUGAAGCUGCUCAGGGAGCGUUGGACGACGUUCGGCACGUGCUUGUAAUACCCAUUCCGCCGCAAAAACCCAAUCAGGUCCUCUCGAUCACUCUCCAGCCACGGGGCUCGAGCCUCGAUCCCCUCGAAGCACCUCUCGGCUGCCGCUCCAAGCGUCUACAUCUCGUUAGCCGCCAGUUUUUCAAACGAGUCGACACGUUUAACCAACCUUCGGCUAAUCUUGACUCUCCAGAUACCACUACCUUCUCGCGCCGGCGCUAUACUCCAUCUUGGUUAGCGAGUUCAGGACCAUCUCCCCCACCGGCGCGACCUUCUCGAGGUCCUGGCCGGGGAUGGUGGGUGGACCAGGCACCCGAGGCGAUAAAGCGCCAGAGCGAGUAUAAGCUCAUGGUUGAGGAGAGUUCAAGCUAUCAAAUGCAAAGAAUCCUGGUGCGAAAAUACCGUCUUAGACAGCGGAAGCGAUUGCGGAUCGGAAGCGCAUGCGGAUUCUUCGUGUAUACUGGAAAUUCUUCUAUACUAGAGCAAUUACUACGUCCCAGGCUGUUUCUACGUAUCGAAGUUAGGGGUCCCUUGAAGGCAUGCCACGAUAAGCGAGGUAUGCUUAUUCGUGCUUGA